AUGGAGUCGCUCUGUGUAGCUCUGGUUUCGUUCGCUAGCGUCGUGUUAGUGCUGCGACAGACGGACGCGACGAUUCCUCUGGCAGCAGCAUUCGGCCUUUUGGUGUAUAUUCUUGGGACGGUGGUGUACAAGGUUGGAAAGGCGUUGAUAUACCCUUUCUAUAUCUCUGGAUUGCGACAUCUCCCUGGACCAAAGGAUAACCAGUUCCUCGUCGGUCAGGGUAUUCGCCUGCUCAAAGCUGCCGGUCCCAACGACUUAUAUCUCGACUGGGUGCGCAAAUGGCCCGAUGCGCCCUUCAUUCGCCACCUCACCUUUGGUAACUCGGAGGUGCUCUUGGUGAAUAGCCUGGAAGCGGCUCGCGAGGUGCUCCAGACACAUGCAUAUUCGUUUGUCAAGCCCAGCUUCUUUGUGAAGCUGGUGGGGGAGAUUUUGGGGACUGGCAUCUUGUUCAGUGUGGGGGAGCAGCAUAAGCAGCUGCGACGAAUCAUGGCCGGACCCCUCUCGAAGCCGAGCGUGCGAAAAAUGCUUCCCAUAUUCAAGGACAAGGCCAGAGAGCUAUCUACCGAGUUCGAUACGGCGAUAGGAGGAGAGAAAAAUGGAGUGGUUGAAGUCGAAGCUCUAUUCUCCCGAACAGCUUUCAAAGUCAUCAGCACCGCCCUACUUAGCAGGGACAUCACCGAGUUUCGAUCUAAGUCAUCGCCUCUCAGCUUCGAAGAAUGCUACAGAGGCAUUCUCAACCCACCGCUGCUGGGAAAGUUAAUCACCUUCAUCAACCCGUUUAUUCCGCUGCGGUGGCUUCCGAUCGAGGCGAAUCUCGCCUUUAUCCGAGCUCACACGGCUCUAAGGGCGAUGCUCUCCGAGCUGAUACAAGAGCGUGUGAUGCAAGUCCAGCAAGAUAAGAAGAGUGGCCGAAGCGAUGAAAAUGCUGGGCCCAAGGACUUCUUGACACACAUGAUUGAAGCGAAUCUGGCUGAGAAAAAGGGCGUGUCAGACCAGAUGUUGAUUGACGUUAUUAUCCAAAGCGUUUCCGCAGGCCAUGAGACGACGGCUGGUACUCUCACCUGGACUAUAUACGCGCUCGUUCAAUACCCGGAUAUGCAGCAACGUUUACGCGAAGAAAUCUUGUCUGCCCAACAGAAACAGCCCGAGCUGGAUGCCGCAACCAUCGAUAGCCUCCCAUAUCUCAACAACAUUAUCAGCGAGAGUCUGCGCGUCUACUCACCAACCCUCAUGGCUCCAUGGGAAGCCGGUGAAGAUGUCGUCAUUGCAGGCGUUUCUAUCCCAAAGGGCACUACCGUCACAACGAUUCCGGCCAUGGUUCAUCUCAACCCGGCCAUCUGGGGCGCUGACGUCGAGACUUUCAACCCGAAUCGAUGGGAAUCGACGACGGGGGCGGCGGCCAACCCGUUUGCCAUUGAGGCGUUUAUCAAUGGCCCGAGAACGUGUCCUGGGCGAGCACUUGCGCUGUUGGAGAUUAAGACGGUGCUGGUGGAGAUGAUGAGCAACUUUUCGCUGGAGGCUGUUGAUGUAGACGUGCAGCUUGAGCAUCCAAGUUUGACGCUGAAGCCGAAGGGAGGAUUGCACGUUCGAGUGCAGAGGCUGUGA